ACCGUAAGGAGGCUGUAAGUUUAUGAAAGUAAAGACAAUGGGUGGAGAAGUAUAUACAACAAACUAACAGGACGUUUACAUAUCGUGUGAUCACUGGUACCGCUGCAUAUUGUCAUCAGAACAAGCUCUUUUUCACAAGACAUAUUUCCAUAACACAGGAUUUAAUGAGAGCAGUUCCGUAAAAGAUUCGUAACAGAGCUAUGCAUUCCAAACGAAGAAAGGUAGAGUCCUCAUCUCAUAGUGACACAAACCGGCAUGACGAGCAAGAAGCCCUGGGGAAGUGGCAGGUGACACCUGUGCUUGACGAUGAUGUCAUGUCCGAUAAAGUGAUGCUGCUUGACGUCUAUGUAGACAAAGUAACGGAUCCGAAACACACGUCUAGGCUGAUCCGGGAUCUUAACGCUCUGUGUCCCAUACCAUCUCUUCAGCAUCUGAAGAGAGUUUCGAAGCUGGGGAUGAUCCUUAAUUUGGCUCCGGAAGAAGAAACGCCCGAAAUUUGCCUUCAGAAGCUGAAAGAUUGGGGACUAGACACCGCAGGUCUUGGCUGUGAACCUAGGCGUUUACAAGUACCAGCAGUCCCUCCGAGGACCCGUCGUCAGUAUGAGGAGGCCAUGAAAUUAUGGCCUUGUAACUUUCAUGAAAACAGAUACUUGGAGAAGGUUCUUAGUGGGAAGUUGUUUGAUGAUACGGACCGGUUAGAGCAGCAAAAGUAUAUGACCAAGUGUUUGGAGGCUGCACGCUAUAGUUCUGAAUCUGGCGGUGCUGGGGUUGGAGCACUGGUGGUAGAUCCGGCAAAGAAACAGAUUAUUGCCAUAGGUUACGAUGAUAGAGGUAGAUACCAUUUAAAGCAUGCUGUUAUGGUAGCCAUUGAUCUGGUGUCACAUUCGCACGGAGGGGGCGCCUGGACUGUAGGAGAUAAACAAUACUUUUUGAAAGAUGAUGUAUCAUAUAAAAGUAAAGCACACAUGCAAGACGUAAUCAGUGAUCCAGUGGUAAUGAAAGGGGCCAAACGCCAUUCCAGCUGUGAAACUGUCAGUAGUCAAACUUCGAAAGUUGUUGGGUCUGAUUGUGCGAGCGGAGGACAGGAGGAAGCCAGAUCGAGGUACAGUCAUGGAAGUCCUGGCUCCAGUGAUCCCGUGCUGAAGACAGGUCCUUACAUCUGUACGGGAUAUGAUGUAUAUGUAACUAGGGAGCCAUGUGUCAUGUGCGCCAUGGCAAUGGUUCACAGCAGAGUUAGGCGUGUGUUUUAUGGUUGUCCAAGUCCUCAUGGGGCAUUGGGUACAACUAUUAAACUAAACACUCUGAAAUGUCUCAAUCAUCACUAUGAAGUAUUUGCGGGGAUUUUGGAAAGCGAGUGUAAAAAUAUUCUAACCACAUGCCCAAAGAACUCAGUCGUGAACUUUUGAGCAGUGUAUUGGCACUCUUCGUGCUUUCGAACUCAAGCAGAACCCUUCAGAGGUAACGUAAGUGCACUCUUUAACAUGUACGUUCUCAACAUAUUGGGAAGCAGUAUGAAAACCAGAAGUUCCCUGAAAAACUGUUCCGCUUUUCACGAAAAUAUCCUGUGACAAAGAGAGAAGAUUCGUUUAUGCAGGCUUUUCCGUUUGUAACAAACUCAUCCACUUAUAAUAUUUGUAUGGCUUUAAUAUCCGUUGCCGAUAAUGUAUAUAAUUAAGUUUCAUAAGUAUCGAGGCGUGCCGGAUUUCCAUGGACAACUCAGAAGGAGGCCAUCAGUUGCAUACAUAACUUGCAACCAACAUUGCCGUUGUCAGUAACAUUUCGCCAAGAGUAGUCAUUCAUGAGCACAGGGAUUCUCUGGUUGUAGUGCAGCCAACAUUUAUUUUGUGGCGGCGAAGCGAAAUGCUGUUUUCAGACGUUGGUGGCACUGAUUUAAACACCGCACAGCUGUAGACUUCACCGUAUUUAAGCUUCGUAGUUUUCCACAGGCCCUCCAGGCAAAUUCUGAGAUUAUACUUCUCCUUCCGUAUCUUUUCCAGUUCGGUAUUCAUCCCUCAGCCUACUGUUCUGCGCUGUAGUGUGAGAUACCGAGUCUCGUAACAUAAGCUACACGAACAAAUAAACAGUUUCUAGUAUGUAGCUGAAAGCUUUUCGCAGGUAAUACCGAAUUUGCUUGUUACAGAGAUCGCCUCUGUGGUCUCGUGGUCAGAGUUCCUGCCUAUAGAUGCAGAGGUCCCGGGUUCGA